GGCUAGGCAACAAACUGUCGGAAAGCUCUGACAGAAUGCAUGAGACUAACAAAAGGGGUGAAACAGUCAUUUCAUAACUCCAGUUGUUACACGUUGGUUGAUUGAUUAUUUGUUGAUUCUUGUCUUCUUCGCCACUGUUUGCUCCGCUCGUGUUAAAACCUUAUAUUAUAAAAUCCCUUCCAAAAAACAGAACCAACUUAGCCAAACGUCACAAAUCCAAAACUCAAAACCGAAUCGUUUUUAGCCUCCAAGAGAGAGAGAGAGAGAGAGAUCUGCAUAUAGAGAAUGAUAGAACCGUCGAUGGAGAGAGAGAAUGGUGCUUUAACGGCGGCGACAACAACGACGACGGCGGUGACUUCUCCUCCUCCGAUGGCUUCUUCACCGCGUCAAGCUUUAGUUGAGAGAUUGAAAGAUUAUGGACAAGAAGAUAUUUUCUCUCUUUGGGAUGAACUUUCACCAGACGAGAAAGAUUUUCUCGUUAGAGAUAUUGAGAAUUUGGAUCUUCCAAGAAUAGAUCGGAUCAUUAGAUGUUCACUUCACUCUCAAGGUUUACCGGUUGCGGCGAUUGAACCGGUACCGGAGAAUUGGGUUUCGACAGUAGAUGGUAGAACAAUGGAAGAUAGAGAGAAAUGGUGGAAAAUGGGAUUAAAAACUAUCUAUGAAGGCAAAUUAGGUGUUGUGCUUUUAUCUGGUGGACAGGGAACAAGGCUUGGAAGCUCAGAUCCAAAAGGAUGUUUCAAUAUCGGAUUACCAUCAGGGAAAUCGCUCUUUCAGAUUCAGGCAGAGAGAAUCUUGUGUGUUCAAAGACUUGCUGCUCAAGUAGUGAGUGAAGGUCCAAUUCGUCCAGUUACAAUACAUUGGUAUAUUAUGACUAGUCCAUUUACUGAUGAAGCGACACGAAAAUAUUUCUCGAGUCACAAGUACUUUGGUCUUGAACCAGAUCAAAUCAGUUUUUUCCAACAAGGUACUUUGCCCUGCGUUACAAAGGAUGGAAAGUUUAUUAUGGAGACACCUUUCAGUCUAGCUAAAGCUCCAGAUGGUAACGGCGGAGUCUAUGCAGCGCUAAAGUGUUCAAGGCUAUUAGAGGAUAUGGCUUCUAGGGGGAUUAAAUACGUCGAUUGCUAUGGCGUUGACAAUGUCCUGGUUCGAGUAGCUGAUCCUACUUUUCUUGGAUACUUCAUCGAUAAAGGGGCUGCUUCGGCUGCAAAAGUUGUGCGGAAGGCAUAUCCUCAAGAACAGGUAGGAGUGUUUGUUAGAAGAGGUAAAGGAGGACCGUUGACAGUAGUUGAGUAUAGUGAGCUUGAUCAGUCUAUGGCUUCUGCUAUUAAUCAACGAACAGGACGUCUUCAAUAUUGCUGGAGUAACGUGUGCUUACACAUGUUUACUUUAGAUUUCCUUAAUCAAGUAGCGACCGGCCUAGAAAAAGAUAGCGUGUAAGUUUCUCUUCAAAUACAAACGAAUCUGGCAGUCAAAAUGUUAUUGAAUUGUGGUUUGUGGCAGGUACCAUUUGGCGGAGAAGAAGAUACCAUCUAUGAAUGGAUACACAAUGGGACUAAAACUAGAACAAUUCAUUUUUGAUUCGUUUCCUUAUGCUCCUUCAACCGCACUUUUUGAGGUUUUAAGGGAAGAGGAGUUUGCACCAGUGAAGAAUGUUAACGGGUCUAAUUUUGAUACACCGGAGAGUGCGAGGCUUUUGGUUCUAAGGUUACACACACGUUGGGUUAUAGCAGCUGGUGGAUUUCUAACACAUUCUGUGCCUUUAUAUGCUACUGGUGUAGAGGUUUCACCUUUGUGCUCAUACGCCGGAGAAAAUCUUGAAGCUAUUUGUCGAGGAAGAACGUUUCAUGCACCUUGUGAAAUUUCCCUCUAAUGGUUUUUGUGUUUUUGUUUUGGGGUAUUAAAAUCUUUUCAUCAUUUUUAUGUGCUUUGUUUUCUUUGUUUCCGGUUGUGGUUUAUAUAUAAACUGAUUAUCUUCCCAUGAGAGAGAGAAAGAGAGAGUCAAAGAGGUCUUGGCGUUUUAUAUCCAUUAAUGUAACAUAUCUAAUAAAAAUUUUAUGUUGGUUUUUGAAUCUUUUAGGUAUAGUUUUGGAGAUGAGGA